UCAUACGUCAUGUUGACAUGCGGACUGACAUGUAUUGACAUCGCGUGUUACGAAAAAUAAAUUAUGCAGAUUAAUUCAUUAUCUUUGUAAUAAUACAAAAUUAAAGAUACAGUGUUACUAAAAUAUUAAACGCUUAGACCGCAGCGAAAUAAUAAUGGCGGAAAAAUACAUACUAACACUAGAUAUAGGAACUACUACGAUACGUUCUUUUAUAUAUAAUUCUAAAGCCGAAACAGUAGGAAGUGCUGUUGACCAGGUCAAAUUACACUAUCCAAGUCCCGGGUUUGUGGAAAUUGAUCCUGAGGAGCUAUGGAAAUCAGUAGUACAAGUUGUGUUAAUUUCAAUCAAAGAUGCGAAACUAUCGGCAGCACAAAUCACGGCAAUGGGCAUAUCCACACAGAGAAGCACAUUCAUCAAUUGGUCACGAGAGACAGGCAAACCGUUCCAUAGAUUCAUCACGUGGAAGGAUCUCAGAGCCGACAAACUGGUCAACCAAUGGAAUGAAUCUUAUACUUGGAAGCUAUUCAAGGCGGGCGCAUACGUCUUGUAUUUAAUAAUGAGGAGUCAAAAGUUCCGUGCCGGAAGUGUCCUUAAAUUCAUGAACACACAGACUACGUUAAGGCUAAGCUGGGCGUUACAAAACAUCGCGCCGCUGAAAGAAGCUGCGAAAAGGGAUGACGUCAUGUUCGGGACACUGGACACGUGGCUGUUGCACAAACUUACAGGAGGCAAAAUUCACGUGUCAGACGUGUCAUCAGCAUCAGCCACUGGUUUCUUCGACCCUUUCUGCAUGGAAUGGGGCGGUUGGGCGCUGUCUCUCUUCAAGAUACCGCGUUCUGUGCUACCCACCAUAGUGGACACGGCGGGCAAGCACUUCGGGACCACUACGCCUGAUAUAUGGGGGCAUGCGAUACCUAUCAUAAGUUGUAUGGCCGACCAGACAGCAUCCAUGUGGGGUUCCUGCUGCUUUGGAGUCGGCGACGUGAAACUCACCAUGGGCACGGGCACGUUCUUCAACAUAAACACGGGUUCCGUGCCCCACGCCAACGUGGCCGGCCUGUACCCCAUCGUGGGCUGGAGGCUGGGGAGCGAGCUGGUGUACUCUGCUGAGGGCUCUAACAACGACACUGCCUCUAUCAUCAAGUGGGCUCAGAACUUAGGUCUUUUUGACAACCCUCAAGACUCGGCAAGCAUUGCUGAAUCGGUUCCAGACACUGAUGGAGUCUACUUUAUUCCAGCAUUCAGUGGAUUGGGGGCGCCAUACAACGACGGCUCAGCGGCUUCGGGCUUCGUCGGCAUGAAGCCCUCAACGACUAAAGCGCACCUAGUCAGGGCAGUGUUGGAGUCCCUCGCGUUCCGGAUAGCGCAGCUGUAUUACUGCGUGCGAGAGGAGAACAACUAUCAGUUCAACAUUAUCAGAGUGGAUGGCGGCGUGUCAAACAACGACUUCAUCGCACAACUAGUGGCGGAUCUGACAGGGCUCCGUGUAGAGCGGCCCGUGCACACCGAGAUGUCCUCUCUAGGCUGCGCGCAUGUCGUAGGCCUACAACUAGGUAUAUGGAAAUCCAAAGCGGAGCUAAAGUCAAUGCGCAAGGUCGCCUGCGUAUUCAAUCCCCGGCCCCACGUCAAAAAAGCAUACAACAUCACAUUCACCCGCUGGGAGGACGCCGUGAAACGCAUGUGCGGUUGGUACACGGCUAACAAGUCUCAACAGAGUCUCUCCACAGUCUCAGACUCGAGCAGUAGUUCAGUGACCCCACAAAACAGCUUCAAGGUACCCUCGAGAAGAAACGGUAAGUACACGUAGCGGUGGCUUUUCUACCUGCUGGCGCUGCUCGUCGCGUGCCUGCCUGUUAUUAGGUGAUAUAUAUCUUGCCCUGAUG